AGAGAAUAAAGUAGUCGACCUAAAUUAUUUUCCGUAGCGUAAUUAUCCUACCCCAGAGGGUGGUGCAGUAGUCAGAAUAAAUUAAUGAAGGAGGACAAAUUAAAUUGUGUAAGGUCUCAAGGCAUAUGUUUUAAAUUCUUGUAAAACAUGAUAAAUCAACCAGCAACCGACACGAAAAGCUUAGGCGAGAAGGAACCCGAACGUUUGGAGUUGUGCGUAAAAUAUGGACAUGUUUUACUAUCAACGUUUUAUUGAAGUCAUUAGCUGGCCACUUGCAAGGACAUGUUUUUCACAGAACAUCAUCUCUUAUAGAAGACUUAACUCAAGUCUGAUCCCAACUUGACCACCACUGGUUAUGAAAACCUGCAUCCUCACAGUAAAUCGGCAGGAGGCAAGAUGUUUGUGGAGUCUGUUGUCAGAUGGGGGGCAUGGAGCAUCUUGCUCCAGUGUGGAUUAUUGGGCGUGUCAGCAGGGGACUUCCCCUGGCCUUGCCCUGCCAGGUGUGUUUGUCGGCUUGAGACUUUAGAAGUUAACUGCUCUGACAAACAGCUGACUUCUGUGUCUGAGGGCUUCGCUAGUGGCACCCAGCGCAUCAAUUUAUCUCGUAACAAGCUGAAGAUGCUGGGUCGUCGCCAGUUCUUUGGCAUGACCCAGCUAGAGGAUCUGGACAUUAGUGACAAUGUCAUUGCCAUGAUUGAAGUGGAGGCUUUCCAGGGCCUGCAGAACCUCAAGACCCUGUGUAUUAGGAGCAAUCGCCUCAAGAUCAUCUCUGUGGGGGUCUUCUCCGGACUGCCCAGCCUGCGCUUCCUGGACCUGAGUGAGAACGAGAUCCUGGUCUUUCUGGACUUUACUUUCCGUGAGUUGGUGAGCCUUCACCAGCUGGAGGCUGGGGAGAAUGACCUGGUGUUCAUCUCCCAGCGGGCCUUUACCGGCCUGCAGAACCUGCAGGAGCUCAAUCUGGACCGCAGCAACCUGACCUCCAUCCCCACCGAGGCACUAUCCCAGCUCCAGAGCCUGACUCGGCUGCGCAUGAUCCGCCUCACCAUCUCGGCGCUGCCCAACAAUGCCUUCCGCCGCCUGCAUCGGCUGCGUAGCCUCGUCAUCUCCCACUGGCCCUUGCUGGACAAGCUGGCCAGCAACAGCCUGAUUGGCCUCAACCUCACCUCGCUGGUCAUCAGCAGCUGCAAUCUCAGUGCUGUCCCAUACCAGGCACUGCGCCACCUGGUCUACCUGGGCUACCUGGACCUGUCCUACAACCCCAUCACAGCCAUCCAGGGUAACCUGCUGGGGGACCUGUUGCGGCUGCAGGAACUGCACCUGGCUGGGGGCAACCUGCUCCGCAUCGAGCCAGGGGCCUUCAGGGGGCUGGCAUACUUCCGUCUGCUCAACGUGACAUCCAACCAGCUCAGCACACUGGAGGACAGUGCCUUCCACUCGGUGGGGAAUCUGCAGGUCCUGCGGCUGGAUGGAAACCCCCUGGCCUGCGACUGCCGACUACUCUGGGUGGUCCGCCGGCGACAGCGCCUGAACUUUGACGGUCGCCAACCCACCUGCUCCACACCGGACAUGGUGCGAGAACGGGAAUUCCGGGACUUCUCAGAGAAAGAGCUCCCGAGAUUGUUCACCUGCCGGCAGGCCCGCAUUGUAGACCGCAGAUCCCAGGAGGUCAGGGUGGAGGAGGGCACUACGGUGCUCUUCUCCUGCAAGGCAGAUGGUGACCCAAUGCCCUCCUUUACCUGGUUGUCAGCCCAGCGGAUUCCUCUCUCCACUACGGGGCGCAUCAGGGUGUUGUCCAAUGGGACUCUAGAGGUACGCUAUGCCCAGGUUCAGGACAGCGGCACAUACCAGUGCACGGCGGGCAACGCAGCUGGCAACGACAGCCUGUACGUCAGCCUCUAUGUGAAGGGUUUCCCACGUAACCGCACCAUGCCCUUUUUCACCGACGAAGGCUGGAUAGAGUCCUCACACGCCCCUACUGCCAACUCCUCUGCCCAGGUGGCCAACCAGUACCCAUUUGAUGCCAAGACAUUGAUCAUCGCCACCACCAUGGGCUUCCUGUCCUUCCUCAGCUCAGUGGCUAUCUGCUUCGUCUUCAUGUUCUUCUGGAGCCAGAGCAAGGGGCAAAUCAAACACACAGCCACCAUCGACUAUGUGCCCCGUACCUCAAUGGGGGUAGGAGGAGGGGGAGGGGGAGGGGGUGGAGGGGAUGCUGGCAAGUUCACCAUGAAGCUUAUCUAAGGUUAUGUGGGAGAGAACUUGGGACACAUUGACUGUGUCACCCCAUGAGGGUGAAGGCUCUACAAGGACACAGGGCCACGGUCUGCCUUCAGAAAGCUAGAUCCUCAGUGCACCCUUAACAUACAGAAAUUAUACAGUGCCUUGCGAAAGUAUUCGGCCCCCUUGAACUUUGCGACCUUUUGCCACAUUUCAGGCUUCAAACAUAAAGAUAUAAAACUGUAUUUUUUUGUGAAGAAUCAACAACA